AUGCGUCUUGCCUUUCUGUUUUUGAGCGUGACUGACUUUGGUAUAGCACACCCAAACUCGACUGGCCUAGGUUGGGUGGACGGGACGGGCCUGGGACAUCUCGACACACGACUAGACACAGUAGACCAUAGACCAAACACCCACACGCGACUGGCCUCGGUUGGGUGGAUGGGAUGGGCCAGGAACACCCACACGCGACAGGCCUCGGUUGGGCGGAUGGGACGGGCCUGGGACAACAACACGCCACACACAACACAGCUCAUCAACAUACCUGGCCCCAAGGUAGGGUGGCAGGGACGGGCCUGGGUUAUAUAUACUUACUUUCUAACCCAACACAGCGCGACAACACUUCUGGCCCGCGGUAGGGUGGAAGGGACGGGCCUGGGACAACAGAGCACAACUCGACAACACAACACAGACUCAUACGGGUCUGGCCUCAUGGUUGGGUGGAUGGGACGGGCCUGGAAGACCCUAUUAUAUAUACUUACUCCUAUAUACGACACAGCGCGACAACACUUCUGGCCUCAUGGAUGGGUGGAUGGGAUGGGCCUGGAAGACCAUAUUAUAUAUACCUGCUCGGUUUUAACACAGGGGCUUACAGCUUCAGCAAAAAGCCAGGCCCUGGUUGGGUGGCAGGGACGGGCCUGGGAUAUUCGACGCAAUUUAGCUGUCGACAUCGGACACAAAGCAGUGUCAUACCAGCUGCCACAUCUGGGCAUGACGGACUUUACCUCAACAACAAACCAGGCCCUGGUUGGGUGGCAGGGAUGGGCUUGGGUCGUAGCACGUAGACAUCGGCUCAGUACUAGAUCCUUGAGCGAACCAAGGCGCGGUUGGUUGGUAGGGACGGGUUGGGUCACUUCGGUGACCCGGCACUGGGCCUCCAGCGAACCAGGCCCUGCUUUGGUUAGCUGGCUGGCACAGGCUGGAUCACCGGAUUCAACAUCCAACACACAUGAACCAGGCCUCGGUUGGGCGGUUGGGAAGGGCCUGGGACAUCGGACACGGGGGGUGGAGGGUUUGGAUCAAGUUUUACCGCUCCAACAACCCAAGCCUUGGAUGGGUGGCAGGGACGGGCUUGGGUUAUCGGAUUCAACAUCCAUCAUACAAGUUCACUGCAGUGGUGAACCUCAGGCCCUGGAUGGGUGGCUGGGACGGGCUUGGGACAACAACUCGCCACAUACAACACAGUUCACUGCAGUGGUGAACCAGGCCCUGGUUGGGUGGAAGGGACGGGCCUGGGAUCUACUAACUUUAACAGCAAAGGUUCACUGCAGUGGUGAACCAGGCCUUGGUGGGUGGCAGGGACGGGCCUGGGACAUCGGACACGGAAGGGGAGGGGGAGAGUUACCCGACAAAACACCAUGCCCUGGUUGGGUGGAUGGGAAGGGCUUGGGAUACCGACUAACCACAACAGCACAGUUCACCACUGCAGUGGACCAGGCCUCGGAUGGGCGGUUGGGACGGGCCUGGGACAUAGGAUCCAACAUCCUUCAUACUGCAAGUCUUCCAAGUCAUCAGUGGUUUCUUGAUAGUAUGCCCUGGUUGGGUGGCAGGGACGGGCCUGGGUCAUCGCACACGGGGAGGGGGGCUUUGGGUUGUCACGCUUCGAAAAACCAGGCCUCGGUUGGGCGGCUGGGACGGGCCUGGGACAUCGGACACGGGGGAGGGGGUGUGCUGUUGUGGUGGAGUAUGAUCACCCAUCGUUUGAUUGUUUCCUGGGACACACACUGCAAUGGAAAGUUAUCAGUUUAGAGGAGCUGUCUAGUACACUUUCAAGAUAGACCAUCACUGAAUUAAGCCAUAUUAU